UGGGUAAACUCAGUAGGCUCCCUCCGGUAGUGUCGGUUGAGACGCCGUGGACUCCAGGAGCGCCGUCUUCCCGCAUUUGGGAACGUGAUGCGUGCGGCCGUCCCGUCCGGUAAAAAAAAAAGCAGCAGCAGCAGCAGAAGCAGAUUGGCGCGAGAGAAUGGCGCUCGGUUGAAGAGCGGGCGCGCAGGCGGACUGGGCCGAACGGCCUCGUUCCCGGACCGCAACGCUUCGGCCUGUGGUACUGUCCCCGGCCCGGCGUUGUUUAUGGCGACCGUCCGAGCGCAAGAGAGAGCGGAAACCCCAAGGGGUUACCCACCACCCCUCCCCCUCUUCAGGGCGUUUGACGGACCGAAGGAUGAGUUGAGAAUUGGCCUAAAGCGCCGUCGCUCGAGGUCGACUUCCAGGGAGCGGGAUCGAGCCAGGCGCCGCGAGAGGUCCAGGUCCCGAGAGCGAGACCGCGAGCGCAGGAGGAGUCGCUCAAGGUCACCUCACAGGAGGCGGUCAAGGUCUCCACGACGACACAAGUCGAACUCCGCCUCUCCUUCGAGACAGAAAGACCAGGAGUCUAAAGAUCGUGAGAUCUCAGAGGCCGACAUGGAGGGGAAAACAGAAGAAGAGAUUGAGCUGUUGAGGGUGAUGGGAUUUGACGCUUUUGACACCACAAAGGGCAAGAAGCUCGAAGGUUCUGUUAAUGCUUACGCUGUUAACGUACAACAGAAGAGGAAAUAUCGGCAGUACAUGAACAGAAAAGGUGGAUUUAACAGACCUCUGGAUUUCAUUGCGUAAUUCCUUUCCGGGCCUGACAAUAUCUGAUGUUCUUUACACUGCGGCCAAGGCAAUGGCAGCUUUCCCUUGACUCUUGCCACCAUUCCCCAGCAGAACCCAGCGUUGUUUUAUUUGACCCCUUAGAGUGAAGCACUGGUGGUAGGCAUGUCUUCAAGCCUGACUGUGAAGGUUUGACCACAUUUGUGAUGUUUAUUCUGUAUAUUGUUUUCAAAUUACUGUAUUAUUAGUGAGGAGUAAAGAUAACGGACAUAUUCUGUGGAUUCAUCUACAUCAAUAAAAGGCCAAGAAAAGCAAA